CAGACUGGCAAUAAACAUAUUGUUGUAUCAAAAGUUAAUAAAUGCAAACAAAGUAAUUUUAAGGUCCAACUCUAUAAAAGCCGUUAAAAUGGGAAAUCAUAUUAAGUUAAUUUAAAGAUGUCAAUCAUAUCGGUGCUGAUUGUUUUCAGUGUUUUUAUAGCAAGUGAAGGCAACUAUUUUGGGGAUUUAUUCAAAUGCAGUGAUUUGCUGCUUAAAUGUCAGGAAACUGAAACCAUAAUGGGAAAGUUCAAUAGAAUGACAAAUGAGCUAAAUCAUAACUGCAGCCAGGAAAUUGGGUUCAAGUGGAGCAAUAUCACCCGUUGUGAAUUGGAAGCCACAAAGUGUUUGUUGAACCAGAUGAAUGCAAUGGACGCGAAUUGUGAUAAUAUUGCCGAUGUAAUGCAUCUUUAAAAAUCGUAGGAUUACAAGUAAAUAGUAAAGAA